AUGUCGACACACUCACCCUCUCCGUCACCGUUGCAGGUGGCAACCAACAGCAGCUCAGCCGACGAGACCAAGAUGCCGAAGGGACACUGUCGGUACAUCCUACUUCUCCCCGAAAUCAAGGGCCAGAGGUGCGCAUGCGUCUGUUUCUCGCUCAACAAGGGCAUUCCUGGCGCCACCUGCGACUGUGGCCACCUGGCUUGUUUCCACAACAACGAGCCUGAGCCGUCAACGGAGCAGAAGCACGAGCUGGAGCUGCUGAAGAAGCGGAUACAGCACCUCGAAGAUCAGCUCUCCAAGGAGCAAGACGACGUAUUGGACAGUGUUGUCAGCAGGCUAAACGAAGUCGAAGACCAUCUCGAAAAGACCAGGGACGAGUUCAGCGAGCAGAUCAAAGGUGCCUACCGGAACGUCAGCAUGACGUGGCGCUCCAUCGAGCAGGCCGAGCGCAAGAACCAGCAGCAGGAUGAGCAGCUCGGCCAGAUUUACGACAAGCUUAGAGACCACGACGAGCGGCUCGACAGAUUGCAUGCCGGGCAAUUGGAACUCCGCGAUGCUGACCUCAGCCUGGAAGAGCGCAUCGAGAACUUGACGGAAACGCUGGAAGAAGAGGAGGAAUUGCGCCUAGCGUCGGCAGCAGCAUCAGUAUCGGCCAGGGGCCCCAGGAGGAGAUCAACAUCCGACGCGUCCCGCCCAAACGCCGGCCCUUUGGGCCCUUUAGGGCUAGGCUCCGCCGCUCCGCCCUCAUCACGCAUCGCACCCCCCCAAACAUGCCGAUCGUCGCCGUCGACAGGCCUGUCGGGCAACAGCGGCAGGCAAGGAUAUACCGGCGGACCCGAGCGCGACGCGAACAGCUACCGCCAAGCGACCCAGUUAAUGAGACCUCGGCCGACACCGGCCGCCUCGGCCGCCUCGGCCAGGUCCACAGGCGCGUGGACAGUCCACAUCUCUCUCCUUCCACAUGCCUAUGUCCCAAUGCCGUUCGAGCGGAACACCAACGCGUACCAGCGCUGCCUGUCGCGGGGUCUGCACCAGGUGGUGGCAGUGCAGGGUCCGGAUGCGGCGUCGUUCGCAGCGGCGGUGGAGAAGGCGUUUGGCCAGUUCCUGCGGGGCCGCGAGUGGAUGCCGCUGCAGGCCAAACUGUGCGACGCCGAGACGCUGCAGGGUCUGCCGAUGCUGCGGCAACUGGAGCCCAGCCUGAUCGAGUCAGCGGGAGGCAAGUAUGACCACGAGUUUCUGCGGCGCCACUGCGCUGUCUGCGACUCGAGAGACAUGAUCGACUCUUUGUACAUCGCCAUGCGCCGACACACCAUUUCGUGGCACACAUUGCGACACUCCCCCGUUUUCAUGGAGGGGUUAGAAGACUGCUGGGCCUAUGAUCCCCUUCUGGACACGGACCCUUUUGAUGGCGACAUGGCCGUCGACGAUGAGGAUCGGCCGGCUGCGGGUGACCUCACCAUGUCGCUGCCCGUGUCCGUGUCGGUGCCUGGGCUGAAGAAGAGGCCCCUGGCCGAGAUGUCAAGGUCCAACAGUUUCGGCUCGACAGGCGCUGCUGUCGAUGCCAGCGCC